AUGCAAGUAGCAAGUUCAUAUCGGUUCGAUCCACCUCCACAACGCCCGGCGAAAAAGCGAGCAGUGGUUCGUCGUGACCGUGAAGGUGGAGCCGAGCGCCUCCAUCGCGAUUAUUUCGCCGUCGAGCCUGUUUAUGGGCCACAAUUCUUUCGCCGUCGAUUUCGCAUGAGCCGGGAGUUGUUUCUACGCAUUGUCAAUGCGCUAGAAGUCGAUCCUUACUUCCAACAACGUCCGGAUGCUGUUGGCCGGGUGGGCUUCUCCCCGAUCCAGAAGUGCACUGCCGCUAUUCGACAAUUGGCAUACGGAAAUUCUGCUGAUUGUUGUGAUGAAUAUCUCCGUAUAGGAGAGACGACGGCGAUGGAAUGCUUGAAGAAAUUCUGCAAGGCCGUCGUUCGUAUCUUUGGCGGCACGUAUUUGAGGCGGCCAACAACUGCCGAUGUGCAACGCAUCACUGCAAUGCACGAAGCCCGCCAUGGGUUCCCGGGAAUGUUGGGGAGCCUAGACUGCAUGCAUUGGGGAUGGAAGAAUUGCCCCGUUGCUUGGCACGGCGCCUACACUCGAGGGGAUCAAGGCGAGCCAACAAUUAUAUUAGAGGCCGUUGCUUCACAAGAUUUAUGGAUCUGGCAUGCAUUCUUUGGAGUCGCUGGGUCCAACAACGACAUCAACGUGCUCCACCAGUCCACGCUAUUCAACGAUGUUUUAGCGGGGCAUGCAGCGGCUGUGCAAUUCCUCGCCAACAAUUCUCACCACACUCGAGGAUACUACUUAACAGACGGCAUCUAUCCGGACUGCAAGCUUGAAGGAUGCACGAUUGCAUGCUCGCCUCCGCGACGAUUUGGUUGA